UUUGGCCACCAAAAAACGUGAAAAAUCUGAUAAAGGAUGUCAAUUCUACUCCAGACAUUACGUGGAAUAAAAUAAUAUGUCGCAUCAAAAGAAAUUAUUAUAAAAAUCGCAUUGCAGCUGAAACUGAACUUUUAGAAAUGUCGGGAGGUUCGGCAACGUCUUCAACUGAUUCCGAGGUUUUAGGAGAAAUGAAAGAAAAAAAUAAAGUAAGAAACACAAAAAAGGUCACUAGUCAACAAAAUUUUGAAACUCUGUUUGCAUCAUCAUCGUCAAAAUUUUGUUCGUUUCAACCAAUCAUACCGGAAGAAACUCCUGAGCCUGUUGUUGAAAGCGAAAAUAUAAUUUUGGAAACCAAUUUUUCGGAUGAGGCAAUUAUUUCUCCUGAAGCAAUUGCAAAUGCGCAGUUUUUAAAUGUCAUCGAACAGCCUUUGAUUGGAGAAGAAAGUAAAAACGACAUUAUUAACAAGUUGAAUGACAUUGAGCAAAAAUUUAAUCAGUUUAAAAAUGAUAUAACAGAGAGCGUAAAAGAUAUGUUGGUGAAGGCAGUUGCGGCAAUUAAAUCAGAUUUUGAUGCCAAAUUAUUGUCAGCAAUGCAGAAUUUUAAAAACAAUCAUCAGGAUGAUGACAAUAUUCAAUUUGAAUUUCAUGCCGUUUCAACCUCACAGGAGUUAAGUCAAUUAAAGGAAAAUCUCAAAGAUCCAAAUUAUGAAAAGAAAGUACAAUCAUUUAAUGAAGAAAAAGAAUAUGAUGAAGAUAACGAUGAAUAUGGUAUGGAAAAAUAUGAAGCUGACGGUGAAGAUGCUAUAAUAGAACAUGACGAGGUUGAAGAGGAAGAUAAUAAUGAUACAGACACGGACUAA